CAAACUCGUCAUCACUACGGAUGACGAGCGCGCCGCAGUCGUCGGGAGUAGAACGGCGAGGAGGAAGCGGAGGAAGGCCACGGAGGAAGGAGGCGAGGACGAGGAAGGAGGCGAUGAAGACUUGCCGAUUGACACACUGCUCGAUCAAUCGCUGGAGAGCAAGUCCAAACAACACAAGUUGACCAGCGUCAAUGUGCGCAACAUCAUCCACGAAGUAAUCACCAAUGAGCACGUGGUGGCGAUGAUGAAAGCCGCCAUCAACGAGACGGAAGUUGCGCCACCGUUCGAGCCCAAAAUGACCCGAUCCAAGCUGAAGGAAGUUGUGGAGAAAGGCGGCGUGGUGAUCCCGGCCUGGAACAUCUCGCCCAUCAAGAAGAGCAGAGAUGCCGGCAAGGUUCGUCAAUUUGUGGACAUCCCUCUGGCCGAGGAAGACUCCUCCGAUGAAGAGUAUCGUCCCGACGACGAAGACGAGGACGAGACGGCGGAAGACACCUUGCAGGAGAGCGACUUUGAGAGCGCGGCGUCACCCCCUCGAGGAUGCGGAGCCCACCCUGCUCCCCGGAAGGCGUCUGUCGCGAUGGGCCCGCCCCCUCCUCCCAAAGGUCCGCCUCCCUCCGCACAGACGGACAACUUCCUGGAGAAGCUGCGCGCCGUGGAGGCGGAGCUCGCUGUGUGCAUGGAACCGUACCAGCCUCUCCAGGACGCGGGCGAGGCAGCGGGCGACGGGGGUUUGAUGGCUUACCGCACCCGCUCCAAACGUCCCCUCCGAGACGUCCCGCUCGGCCAGCUGGAGGCGGAACUGCGAGCGCCCGACAUCACGCCGGACAUGUACGACUCUGGCUCCGUCCACGAGGACAGGGACUGGACUGAUUGGUUGAGAGGCCUGAUGACCUCUGACGUGGAAAACGACGAGGAGUGUGACGACGAGGACGAUCCCGAGUACAACUUCCUGGCUGACGUCGAUGAACCCGAUCAGGAGGAUUACCGUGACGAUAAGGCCGUACGCAUCACCAAAAAGGAAGUCACCGAAUUGAUGGAGGAGCUCUUUGAAACGUUGAAGGAGGAUCUGGCGGGCCAGGACGUGGACGACGAAGGCCACCACGAAGGCCAAGAGGAGCGUGCACGCACGCGGUCCAAGCACGUUGCGGCUGCGCUUGAGUGUCACGCAACUGAGGAAGGCCACGGCGGCGAGGCGCAGGACGGCCGAGCGACGGGAGGCCGGCGAACCGUCAUGCAGCAGCUGACGCUGAUGAAGAGCGCACAACAUCACCACGCGCAACGUGCGCACACACUAACGCUGGACACACGACACAGAAACGCACUGCAGCAGCAAGUGCAGCAGCAUGUGCAGCUGCUGGUUCAGAUCCACCUUCUCACGUCGCCUGUGGAAGAACUCCGCAAUGAGGCUGAAACUACUCGGCACUUCUUGUUUGAGUUAGACGUGUUGGCGCGGCGAUCUGAGCUGGCGACGUCAUCCCGGCGUAGCAGCGCUUUCAGGGCGUCCAACCUGCAGGGGGCGCUAAAGCUGUUGAAUGAGCUGCAGGAGCAACCCGUGACCUACGUGCGCAGCAAACACACGCCAGACUCGCGUGGGAAAAUGCGACGUUUUGCUCUGAUGCCCGCUGAGUUGGCGUGGAUCUUUGUCACGCGUCCCGUCUUCCUCUACCCGCAACUUCUGCCGCGGGUCAGUCUGGACCCAGCCCUCUACUCCCCCCGCAGGACUGCCGCAUUCACUGCAGCCGAAGACUGCCUGCUGGUCGUUGGUCUGCAGAACUUGGAGGGAUCGCGCGACCCCGCCCGACUACUGUGCGACUUGUUGCUGGCCAAAAGUGUUGAUCAGGUGAGACGGCGCAUCCUGCAGUGCUGCAGACCGGGAACCGCUGACAACAUCGUCAAGACAUUCCGGCAUAAGCGCGUCGUUCCUCGCAUGCCACUGGCAUGCGCUCGUGUUUCUGCGUCGGAGCAGCGCCCCCCGGUGGAGCGAGAUGUGAGGCUCCUGCCUAUGUGGCUGCUGAGGAGCCUUCCUGCGAUCUCCAAAACGGUCGGCCCCCCGCCCUCGUGCACGUCCUCCGGUCACGUGACUCCGGCCGGCUCUGCCUCCACGCGCUACCCGGCCCGCCUCCCGCCCGACCUGCGCUACCGCCGGGUCGGCUUCGUGCGGCACGCCGGCCUCGGGCCCCCGACUCCACCAUCUCCCCGCGGUGCAGCCGAACUUCCCGCUCCGUCCGAACCCUCGAGCGACUCCGGCCCGAGCGUGAACGCGGGCUUGAUGACAGAAGACGGUGGAACUUCGGGUCCUUCGCUUGAGGAAGUCCGGCAGCGUUCCCUGACGGCAGAAGGCAAGGAAGCCACAGCGCACGUUUUUGCAAAAAACGUCUCGACGGGCAUCAACGGCGAAAAACUGGUGGUCUGGACCCGAGAAGCGGACCGCCUGAUCCUGACAGCCUGCCAGCAGCGAGGAGCCAAUUGGAGGACGUUCCGCCGAGUCUCCGCCCAGCUGGGGAACAAAAGCGCCCGCCAGGUGAGCGUCCGUUUCCACGACCUCCUUCGCCUUUUUCACGUGGCCACAACGCCCGCGUCCCGCUCUGCUGCCACCGGUGAACCGGAACCCCAAGUCCAAAAGCAGACUGAGGUGUGACAAGAUCGCAGAAAAGAGAGAGAAACAAUCUGUUAAUUGCUUUCUGGGCGGUGUCCUCUAGACAUUGAAUGUCUCCACUGCCCCAAAACAUAUUUUGAUGUUCAGGUACUGUUGUAAAUAAAGUUUGAAAUCUUCAAGAUGAGUCUUCCACAACA